CUUGCCUAUGGGAGUCAUGACCUUCCUUUUCGGAAUGAAGUUCAAGCUCAAACAAACUCGGGAGUUCCUCGUUAGGUGGGUGAGAUCCGUGUCCACUUCGGAAUGACAGUUCUUAAAUCCCCGUGUACAUGUUUUUACCCGAACAACAAUUGGACCCAUCAGGUGAUGGAAGAUGGUUUGGAGGAAGGCCAGAAAAUGGAGAGUGUCAUUGACAAUGUGGAAACAGCAUCACAAGCUGCUCGGGCAGCAGAGGAAUUGGAUCCAGCCAUUUGGGACAUUAGUCCUUACUCUGAACAACCAAAGGUCGCAGAGAGUAUCAUCAGUUAUUUGUUUCCCACUGAACAACCACAUCUCCUAAAUGAUGAUCCCACUGAACAACCACAAGUCCUCGCUGAUAUUCCCACUGAACCACCACAAANUGGGAUAUGUAACCAAGUUUAAAAAACUUUUAUGUUUAAGUAUGCUGUUGUAGUAGUUGCACUAUGGGUUUUAAGUGCAGUAUCAGUACUUUUCCUAUUAUUAGUAAUAUGGGUUGUAAGUGCACUAUCAAUGCUUUUUAGACAGAAUCUUGUAAUAUGGUUGGUGAUUGAAGUAAUCACAUUACUUUUUUGGAUAAAAUUGGGGCACAGUAUUUGAUGAAACUUUUUUUAAAAGGGGAGUAAACAAGUAACCUUUAA